CCUGCCAGCUGGAAGCAAAGUUAUUGUCACCAGGGGAGUUUGUGUGACUGCAGAGGCAGGCAGGACAGAGUGUCCACAGUGUGGGACCAUGCCAGGCACAAAACGAUAUCAGCAUGUGAUCGAGACCCCUGAGCCUGGCGAAUGGGAGUUGUCAGGGUAUGAAGUGGCUGUGCCAAUCACAGAGAAGUCCAACCCACUGACCCGGAACUUGGACAAAGCAGACGCAGAGAAAAUCGUUCAGCUGCUGGGGCAGUGUGAUGCUGAGAUCUUCCAGGAGGAGGGGCAGAUCAUGCCCACCUACCAGCGGCUGUACAGCGAGGCCGUUCUGAGCACCAUGUUGCAAGUAGCUGGGAAAGUCCAGGAAGUCUUGAAGGAGCCUGAUGGAGGCCUGGUCGUGCUAAGUGGGGGAGGAACCUCUGGCCGGAUGGCAUUCCUCAUGUCUGUCUCUUUCAACCAGUUGAUGAAAGGUCUUGGACAAAAGCCUCUGUACACAUACCUCAUUGCAGGAGGUGACAGGUCUGUUGUGGCCUCUCGGGAACGAACAGAAGAUAGCGCCCUUCACGGGAUCGAGGAGCUGAAGAAGGUGACUGCUGGGAAGAGGAGAGUGAUUGUCAUAGGAAUUUCUGUGGGACUCUCCGCCCCCUUUGUGGCAGGCCAGAUGGACUACUGCAUGGAUAAUACAGCCGUCUUCUUGCCAGUCCUGGUUGGCUUCAACCCGGUGAGCAUGGCCAGAAAUGACCCCAUUGAAGACUGGAGAUCGACAUUCCGGCAAGUAGCCGAGCGGAUGCAGAAGAUGCAAGAGAAAAAGGAAGCUUUUGUGCUCAAUCCUGCCAUUGGGCCCGAGGGGCUCAGUGGCUCCUCCCGGAUGAAAGGUGGGAGUGCCACCAAGAUCCUGCUGGAAACUCUGCUACUCGCGGCCCAUAAGACUGUGGACCAGGGUGUUGCGGUCUCUCAAAGAUGCCUUCUGGAAAUCCUGAGGACAUUUGAGCGGGCUCAUCAGGUGACCUACAGUCAGAAUUCCAAAAUUGCCACCCUGAUGAAACAAGUCAGCACCAGCCUGGAGAAGAAAGGUCGAGUGUACCUAGUUGGCUGGCAGACCCUUGGCAUCAUUGCCAUCAUGGAUGGAGUGGAAUGCAUCCACACCUUUGGUGCUGAUUUCCAAGACGUCCGUGGCUUUCUCAUCGGUGAUCACAAUGACAUGUUUAACCAGAAGGCAGAGCUCACCAACCAGGGUCCCCAGUUCACCUUCUCCCAGGAUGACUUCCUGACUUCCAUCUUGCCAUCCCUCGUGGAAAUUGACACUGUGGUCUUCAUUUUCACCCUGGAUGAUAACCUCACAGAGGUCCAGGCGUUGGUGGAGCAGGUGAGAGAGAAGACCACGAACAUCCAGGCCCUGGUGCACAGCACUGUGGGACAGUCCUGGCCAGCCCCUCUAAAGAGGCUCUUUCCCUCCAUCAUCAGCAUCACGUGGCCGCUUCUUUUCUUUGAUUACGAAGGGACCUACAUCCAGAAGUUCCAGCGUGAGCUCAGCACCAAGUGGGUCUUGAAUACAGUGAGUACGGGGGCUCACGUGUUGCUGGGGAAGAUCCUACAGAACCACAUGCUGGACCUCCGCAUCGCCAAUUCCAAGCUCUUUUGGAGGGCACUGGCCAUGUUGCAGCGGUUCUCUGGACAGUCCAAGGCUUGCUGCAUCGAGAGCCUCCUCCAAGCAAUCCAUUUUCCCCAACCACUGUCAGAUGAUGUCCGGGCUCUCCCAUCUCCAGCCAUGUCCAGGUUGCCCACGAGAAGGAAAAGGUAUCCUUCCCCCUUGCCGGCUAUUCAACCAAAACUUUCUGAGGAUCUUAAACAUCUAUGGAACUUGGUGUGACACUGGAUUUACAAAGCUCAGAGAUCCGUGCCACAUGGAGCUCCCAUUUGGAGGGGUAGGUGGACGGGGGUAGGGGUGGGGUGGGGAGGCGUGACUGUGACAGAAACUACAGAGGCAAAAAAAGAUACCAACAAAGGGGCUUCUGUUCUGCCUUGGAGGGGCAUCAAGAAGGACUGAGAGGCUUUUGCACAGGACUUCUUUCUAGUCUUGGUAACAGCUUCCUAUUCCUGCACCCACCUUACCUCCUGUGCCCAAUUCUCUGCCUCUCCCAGGGUCUUUCUCACAUAACCUUUUCUCCAGCUCGCCCUGCCCCUUC